AUGGCUGCCAGGGCUCAGUUCUUGAGGGAGUACAAGCUCGUCGUUGUCGGAGGAGGAGGUGUCGGCAAAUCCGCUUUGACUAUUCAGUUCAUUCAGAGCCAUUUCGUCGACGAGUAUGACCCUACCAUUGAGGACUCAUACCGCAAGCAGUGUGUUAUCGACGAAGAGGUUGCGCUUCUCGACGUUCUCGAUACAGCUGGCCAGGAAGAAUAUGGCGCCAUGCGGGAGCAAUAUAUGCGAACAGGAGAGGGGUUCCUUCUCGUGUAUUCCAUCACCUCGCGCGACUCCUUCGAGGAAAUCAGCACCUUCCACCAACAGAUCCUGCGUGUAAAGGACCAAGACUCGUUCCCCGUCAUCGUUGUUGCCAACAAGUGUGACUUAGAGUAUGAGCGACAGGUUGGCAUGAAUGAGGGACGUGACCUUGCAAAACACUUUGGAUGCAAGUUUAUUGAGACUUCGGCCAAGCAACGGAUCAAUGUCGAUGAGGCUUUCAGUAACCUCGUUCGUGAAAUCCGAAAGUACAACAAGGAACAACAAACCGGCCGUCCCGCUAUGACUGGAACCAACAGCAAUGCCCCCGGCUCGUAUGGCACCCAGAACCAGCACGAGGAAACUCCAGGAUGCUGCGCAGGAUGCGUCGUACUCUAA